AUGACUCUUACGUUCUACUACAAGCAUCAGCGUUUGGUGCAUAGUGAUGAGACACCAGCAAAGUCAUUCCUUCAUCAAGUUGAUCAAUUACAGAAGAAGGCUUUUGAAUGUAAAAAUUGUGGACUGAGGUUUUCCAGGGCUUCAGCACUUCAAUCCCAUCAGCUGCAUCACACCAAUGUCUUCGGAGAUGCAGAGAAAGAGGACCAGAGGCCAUACUCCCUGCUAACUCAACAGAAGGUUUUGGAAGGAAAAAGGGAAGAGACACAGCAAUUAGAGGAGGAAGUUGAAUUGCAGGACACUCUUCAAACUGCUGAAGGAGACUCCUAUACAAAUGAGAUGAGCGAAGAUGGAGAUGGUUAUGAGACUGGUGAUUUCAAUGUAGAGGUAAUCAGUGCAAGUGAAUCUGAUGAGGAGGAGCCCCUCCAAGACUUGAAUCCUGAUUUGGAAUUGCUGUGUGAAUCUGACCAGGAGGUAAAGGAGGAGAUAGAAGCUGAAACAGAAGUCUCCUCCAGCAGUCUUGUUUUGAAACCGGAGCUGGAUCUGAAAAUUGUACAAAUUGACUUUGAGCAGGUUCAAGACCAAGGCACAUCAGAAAUAAUGGAAGCUGAAGACAAAACGUCAGUGGAAAGAUUUGACUGUCCGGAGUGCUCCCGUUCUUUUCCAAGUGCUUCAUCAUUGCGUGUUCAUAGAAUGUGGCAUAGGCUUAAUAAGAAAAGACAGUGGACACAAAGCCGACCAACAGCUGUUUACUUUUAUACAUGUGACAUCUGUGGCCAUGAAACCAGCAGCCGUGUAACACAUUACAAUCACUUGCAAAAACACAAGGAUCGAAAACCAUACAAGAAUGUAUUGGAUCAGACUGAAGGACUGGAAAAAAGGACAUUUAAGUGUGAUGAGUGUGGGAAAUGUUUCUCACGUAUGUCAGCUUUGAGCUCUCAUCAAUUGCAUCACCCAAAAAGAAAACCAUACCCAUGCCCAAAUUGCAUGUUGUCUUAUUCCCAUGCAAGUGGCUUGUAUAACCAUAGGAAAAACUGUCCAGCUCACAAGAAAGACAGUGAUGAUAUUUCAGUAACUAACAAAGAAUUCAAUCCAAAGAAGACUCUUCUAGGCCCCAAAAUUUACCAUUGUGAACAAUGUGGAAAGGGUUUUUGGUCUUUAGGAGCCUACUCCCACCACAAGCAAAGUCAGGCUCGAUGUGCAAAUUUAAUUCAAAAGAAUAGUCCUUCAACAUCACUUCACACUGUUAAUGGACAUACACACUCCUCUGCUAAGGUUGCAUGUCCAGUUUGUGGCAGGAAAUUCCGUCACAGGGGCAUAAUGAAGUCACACAUGCGUAAGCAUGAAAAUGGCAAUCACAAAUGUGAACUGUGCAACAGGUCUUUCCGUGUUUUUUCCGGCCUUCUGCGACACCAGGUUGUUCAUAACGCACGAGCACUGCCACCCCCUGUUAAGUCUUUUCAGCAUCAAGUUGAACAAGUGAAAAAGAAUACUUAUAGUUGUCCUGACUGUGGGAAGCUUUUUUCAAGGGCCAAAGCACUUCAAUUCCAUAUGAAAAGCCAUGGUUAUGAGACUGGGUAUUUGCCAUCAUCACCCAAGUCAAACGUCACGCCAGAGGAACUCCAGUGCUCUACAUGCCUUGCACAUUUCAACAACAAGUCCUCCUUACGAGCUCAUCAAAAGCUGUGCAUCAAAAGAGAUUGUCAAGAGCAUCAAUACUUGAAAGAGCCCACAGUAUAUAAAACUAAUCUAAAGUGUCCCAACUGCCUUUCUUGUUUCAGCAGUGUCCUUAUGUUCCAGCGCCAUAGCAAAUUUUGCAGAGAAUCAAAUGCAAAGGGAGAUAUGGAGCGCAAAGAAAAAGGAGGCUCUGACAGAGUGACAAUGGAUGCUGAAAAAAAUAAACCAGACACAGGCGAGCUAAAGAUGGAUUAUACGGCUGGGCACAGCUUGAAGAAUCUAAGUACAGCUGAUUUGAAAUACAAAUGUAAAGAAUGUGAGAGAAGCUUUUCAGUGGUUGGAGCUCUCAAUUUUCACAAAAGAAUUCAUCUCCAAAGUCACAAAUCAAAAGCAAAAACAAAGGCACCUCUGUCUAUAAUGCUCAAGAAACCCAAACUGGAACAGCAAAGCAAAGGACUGUUUUACUGUGCAGAAUGUGGGAGACGUUUCACCACUAAUUCUGCCCUAGGUACUCACAAAAGGUGGCACACAGACAAGAAAUUCGCUGGAUCUCUCGUAAAAGUUAACAUAAACUCGGUUACAAGCAAGACAGCAGAUGAAGGCCCUUUUCAGUGCAACAAGUGUGGCAAGCGAUUCUUCUACCUCUGUGUUCUUCGGCGCCACCAAUUAUACUAUCCCCCAUGUCAGACUAAAACAGAGCCUCAGUUUGAACUGAACGAAAGUGUGGAGAGCAGCGGCAAAUCACAACAGACUGAAUUUACGUGUCCAGAAUGUAACAAAACAUUUAUUCGAGGAUCAUCUCUAGCUGCUCACUAUGAAAAUGAGCACAGCAAGUCUGUGGAUACUGCACGUCCUCAUGGAGAGCAGUCACAGAUCUCAUCACCUGUCCAGGCCCCAGGACAAGCUGAUGUCAACCCCAGUGAGUGUGAUGCCAUCUCUUCAAAGAAAUCAAAAUUAGAAGCUUACCAGUGUCCUCUUUGCAGCCUGAGCUUUGCCAAAUUCAGGGGCUUGUGUGCCCAUAAGUGGCAGGCCCACUCAGAGUGCAGAAAGACCAAGAGUUAUGUCCCAUUAAAUACAACUAAAUCCUCUAUUGCUUUGAGUAGUAAAGAUAAUAAUGAAGAAAUUUCUGUUGUAAACGACAACACUCUGAAGAGGAAAUACUUUGUUGCAAAGAAAAAGGGUGCUCGUGGCAGAAAAAGAAAGAAAAGUAGAUACAACCUCCCACCUUUGAAGUCGAUCCCCUGCCUUGAUUGUGGAAAACGAUACAGCUCAGCUGGGGCACUCUGCAAUCACCGGAAGGUGUGCCUAGAACUUAGACAGGAGCCAGAGCAGGAAAUUAAACCCCCUGAAAAAGAGGCUGAGGUGCCCCCACCAUUGAGCUGUCAGCCUGAGCAUACAGCUAAAUACCUCUUUAAGUGUGAUAAGUGUGGAAAGGCUUUCUUAACAGAGGAACAAUUAGGAACUCAUAAGACUCAGGCAAAGAGCCGGCCUUACUGCUGUGCCCUCUGUUGCCAUGGGUGUUGGACGGAGACUCAGCUGCAGCAGCACCUUGCCUGGCAUGAUGAGGUUCGUCGUCGACUCCCAAUCGAGCUUCGUUACCGGCUCAGUGCUGCUAUGACGUCAAGGCCUCCAAAAUCAAUUACCCCCUCUCCAGAUGGAAAAUCCUCUCCAUCUUCCACGCUUAAUUCAGUCAGUCGACCACAAACAAGCCACAAGUGCCAACACUGUGGCAAAGCCUUUCUAUCACCAACUGCAUUACAAAAGCAUGAAUCUCAGCACACGAGUGAUGAUGCAUACCAUUGCUCUCUUUGCCCCAGGACCUUCAGUGAGAUUCAGGACCUCAUCGAUCAUCACCAAGAUUGUAUGCAUGAUCGCAAGGAGCAUAAUGAUGCCUCUGCUGCUGUUUCAUCAGGAGAUACCGAUGGCCUUACUUGUCUUGAAUGUGGAAUGUCUUUCCAUCAAGAAAAUGAGCUGCACCAACAUUACAUUGAACAUGCCCGUGGAGUUCAUUAG